AUGUCUCUGGGUGGCAAUGCCUUCCUUCCCCGUGCCGACCAACUGGUUCGAGAUAACCAGCUGGUCCAGGAGCACAUUCGCAAGAAGUUGCAAAAGCAGGAUUUCGAGCAGAGUGUCAAGGCCCAGCUGCAAACGAAGCACUCCCAUCGACGGCAAAAGAUCCUCGUGGUCGCCAAUCGUCUCCCCACGAAGCCCAAGAGGGAUAGUGAAGGCAACUGGACCUUCGAGCGCUGUUCUGGUGGUUUGGUUUCAUGCUUAGCUGGGAUCCAGGCAAAGUUCGACAUGGUCUGGCUGGGCUGGCCAGGUGCAGAUUUCAUUGAGAAUGAGAAGGAGGUUAUCGCCAACGAGGCGAUGAAGCAGGGCUGCUAUCCUGUGUUCUUAAAGCAGAACUUGAUUGAUGAGUACUACAACGGCUUUGCAAACAACGUUCUCUGGCCUCUUUUCCACUACAUCAUGCCCCCUUUUGACAAAGGGGUCAACGAAUGCAGCACCGGUCAAUGGGAAGCAUACCGAAAAGCAAAUGAGCUCUUCACAGAGGCUAUUCUCUCGGUGUAUGAAGAUGAUGACUACGUCUGGAUUCAUGACUACCAUUUAAUGCUCGUUCCAAAAUUCUUGCGAGAAGCCAAGCCAGACUGCAACAUUGGAUGGUUUCUUCACACUCCCUUUCCUUCUGCUGAGAUCUAUCGCACACUGCCUUGGCGGCAAGAGAUUAUUGAAAGCCUGCUGCAUGCAAACCUACUGGGCUUUCACGUUUACGACUAUCUACGCCACUUUCUCAGCUCUUGCGUUCAGUUAACGUCCUUGGAAAUUUCUGCGCACAGUGUGGAUGCGACUACAAUUGGCGGAUGCAUUGUUACAUGUGCAACUGUGCCCAUUGGAAUCUCCCCUGAAGAAUUCCUUUCGGGAAUGCGUAAACAAGAAGUGCAACAACGAAUCGAGCAUCUGCAUGAGCAGUACGCAGGCAGGAAAGUCAUUCUAGGCAUCGACCGACUGGACUACAUGAAAGGAAUUCCUCACAAGCUCAUGGCCUUUGGCUGCUUUCUCGAAAACCACCCGGACUGGGCGGACAAGUGUGUCCUGGUGCAGCUGGCUGUACCUUCGCGUCGUGAUGUGCCCGAGUAUCAGCGCUUGCAGCGACAGGUCCACGAGCUUGUUGGCCAGAUCUCUGGCAAACACUCCACGAUUGCCACGGGUGUUCCAGUCAUUUACAUGGACUCGUCCAUGUCUCAAGAGGACUUGAGUGCCCUGUACAACGUCGCCGAUGUGGCUCUUAUUACAUCCCUAAGGGAUGGUAUGAACUUGGUUUCAUACGAAUACAUCGCGUGUCAACACGGGAAGCAAUCACCAGGAGUUUUGAUUCUGUCUGAGUUUGCGGGUGCGGCGCAAUCCCUCGGUGCGGGCUCGAUCCGCGUGAACCCGUGGCACCUACAGGAAACUGCCAACGCCAUCUACGAGGCCUUGACCAUGGCGCCGGAAGAACGGCAGGCUUUGCAUGACUACGCCUUCAAGUAUGUCACAGAGCAUACGGCCCAGAAGUGGGCCGAGACUUUCCUGCAGUGCUUGCAAGAAGCGUGCUCUGAUCUUAUGGAAGUCACAUCGCAGGUGCCUCCGCUCCUACCGUAUGAAGAGCUGCUGUCGGACUGGUCCGAGUCCGUCCAGCGGGUGGUGGUCAUUGACCUCAUGGAAUGCUUGGCGCCUGCGCGUGAGCGGAUGGGCAUGCACGCAAGGGGUCGGCCGAAGUUCAUCAGACUUCCGACAGAGCUUUGGCAGUGCUUGAAGACAAUAGCCGUUAGCCCAGGGACAUCUGUCAUAAUCACAUCAGACAGGGAUCGGAAGACCCUUGCUGCCUUAGUUGGCAGCCUGCCCGUCUAUGUGGCACCGGAAGGGUGCUGCGUGAUGCGUCGGCCGAACGAGGAGGAAUGGAUCCACCUGGUAGACGAUGGCGAUGUAGAGGGCCGCGAGGAGUGGAUGGACGGCGUGCGAGCUGUGUUCAACUACUUCACGGAGCGGACGCCGGGAUCAUACAUCGAGAAGCAGGAAUACAUGUAUCGCUGGUCCUGGGACCACGCCCAGUUCGACUUUGGCUCGGCACAAGCCCGUGAGGUCCUAAUCCAUCUCUGGGCGGGCCCCCUGGUCAACAGCGAAGCUGAAGUUGUUGUUGGCGAUCGUACAAUCACCGUGCGCCCGCAUGCGUGCUCUCGCAGCGCAUGCUUGGAGAAGCUGCUGACGACUGAGCUGGGGGCCUUGCAGAAUGUUGACUUUGCGCUCUGUUUUGCCGUUGUUUCGCAUCGCGACGAAGAUGUGUUUGACACGGUGGAGGGCUUCUUUGAGGAGUCCACUGCCUCUGAGUAUGCAUAUGCCAGUGCAGGUGAGGGUGAAGCAAGCGGGCUGGCCACAGGCUUGAUGAGCUUGUGCUCUUCGCCCAGGUCGUCUGCCGGCAUGGAGCGCAGUGAGUCUGUUCUUCACACCCCUACCGGUCCUGCUCCGGAGGUGCAUCCGGGAGAACUGCCACCGCCCUAUGACUGGAUACCUACAGCCCAAAGGGAGCGGGAGGAUGCAAAGCUGCAAGAAGCUGAGCUCGAGGCAUGCCGUGCAAGCGCAGACGGCGCAGACGCGGAGCCAGAGGAUGCAUCGGCCGCAGAGCACACGCCAAGCUCAACAGACUUCGAGUUGCGGCAAAGCUUUGCCCCUUGCUACACUAUGUCCCUAGGCAUGAAGAAGACCAAGGCGCAGUAUGCCUUGCCCCACCCCUACCAUGUACAGGCGAAGGUGAAGUCCGACGCGUGGCUGGCCAAAAAGGAAGCGGAGGCUGAAGAAGCGGAGGCGGCGCGGAUAAAAGCCCUGAAGGCCCAGGAGUGGGAUGACAUUCCCGACGGGAAGCCUGGAGGGGAUGCCGACGGUUUCAGCCCGGAGCUCGAGCCUCUCGAUGCCCUUGAAGAGGAGGCUGACGCAGGCGCUUACAGCCCCGUCCUCGAGCCCCUCAGCAAGUACGACGCAGCCGACCUGUUGGACCCAGAUGAGGACAUGCAGGUGCUGCGUCAGGUCCGCAAAACCAUCAUCGAAGCUUUCGGUGGUACAGUGGGCGGAGCAUCAUCUUCAGCAGAUGCCGGCCUUGACCGGUCACGAGAUGACGAGCUCUUCAAUGCCGAGCGAGCCAAAGGCAUGAGCCAGGGAGAGGCGGCCUUCAAUGCCAUGGGGAAAGGGGAUGACAGCGAGUACCACGGAGAGGUACUUCUGGAAAGGAAGAGGUACGAGUGGGAGGACAAGUACAAGCCGCGAAAGCCAAGAUUCUUCAACAGGGUGAAGACAGGUUUCGAGUGGAACAAGUACAACCAGACACACUACGACCACGACAAUCCACCACCAAAGAUUGUACAAGGCUACAAAUUCAACAUAUUCUACCCAGACUUGAUCGACAAGAGCAAGGCGCCAACGUACCACAUUGAAAGGUCGGACACGCAAGACACGGUUAUGCUCCGAUUCAGUGCCGGUCCCCCUUACGAGGACGUAGCCUUCAAGAUCGUAAACCGCGAGUGGAACCUCUCUCACAAGUUUGGCUUCCGAGUAGUUUUCGACCGCGGAGUAUUGCAGCUCUACUUCAACGUGAAGCGCUGGCGCUACAGUCAUGAACUCUUGCCUGGUGAUGUGGACCCUGUCUUACAUUCGCUCAUGCCUGGCAUUGCCUGGCAUUGUGUCUUUGUGGGGAAAGGGUACGAAUGGCAUGUGUGUCAGAAUGCAAACCUUUGGGUGAACCCGAAUGAAGGGGUCUGCCGUCUGCCGUGGUCAUGGCAUCUGCAGCAAGGCUCGGGCAAUUGCAAUUGA